UGCUGUGGGAAGCUGUGGCAUCGCAGGAUGGUGGAGACUGAAGACCUGCUGGGGCUACGGAUGCUCAAUCUAGAGCUCCUGAGGCAGCUGUGGGUUGGGCAGGAUGCUGUGCGGCGGUCAGUGGCCAAGGCAGCCUCAGAGGUGGGUGCCCACCUUAGGAGCCCUCAGGGAUGAUGAGCAAGGGGGUUGCCCAACCCUCAGGGCAGCAUCCAGGCCUGCAGGGACAUCUUGGCUAGCAUGCCAAUUUUACUGAUGAUGGGAACACUGAGGCCUGGUAAGAAAAGGUACUGUCCUAGGACACUGCUGAGGGCAGAGCAGGACGAGGACCUAGGCGUUGGUGCCUGGUACAGGCCAGGUGGGUGGAUGCCGGUGGGCUGCUCCCUCAGUGAUCCGGCCCCUCCUCUGCAGUCCAGGCUGGACUUCAGCAACAACUACGACCCAGAGACUUCAUUGUCCCAAGAGACUUCCUCAGCUUCCUCCAGAGCCUCCUGCCCACGGGGCAAGUGCCAUGCUAAGGGCCCACCAGAUGCCCACCAAAGUGACCCCUUUGAUGUGGCCAGCUGCAAGGUGGCCUCUCUCCAGCCUGCCAAGUGCCAGAGCCAGGCGUCUCUGGGCCAGCCGAGAUCCCACUCAUCACCCUGGGUGGCCACUUCAGACUCGAAGGACCCAGAGCCUUCUGUAGGGCCAGGUGAUCUGGGGCCGCAGGAGAAACAAGCCCUGAAGUCCGUCUCAGCUCAAGGAAGCAAGCAGUUUAAGCCCAAAGUGACCUUCUCUGAAGAGUCCGAGGGAUCUGUACUACCUGACAGGAGCUGGCGCCUCCGGCCAUACCUGGGCUAUGACUGGAUUGCAGGGGCUCUGGACAACAGCUCUCCUGUCACCAGCCAGCCUGAGACCUUCUUCUCAAAGCUGCAGGAGUUCCGGGAAGCCAACAAGGAGGAGUGUAUUUGCAGCCACCCCGAACCCCAGUUCCUGGGCCAGCCUGAGAGCAGCAAUGUGGAGGAGGAACACGAGUGCGUGUACUGUUACCGGGUCAAUCGACGCCUGUUUGUGGUGCCCUUGGAUCCUGGCACCCCCUGCCGCCUGUGCCGGAAACCACGGAGCCAGCAGGACCGUAAGACCCUGGAGAGGCCAGUGCAGGUCAGGGUGAGCAUCCCACUGUCCAUCCUGGAUCCUCCCCACCAGUACCGUAUCCACCGGCGUAAGAGCUUUGACAACUCCGACACGCUGGCCCUGCCCCGGCACUGCCUACUGGGCUGGGACAUUCUUCCUCCGAAGUCCGAGAAAAGCUCAGCCCCGAAGAGCCUGGACCUCUGGUCUGCUGUCUCCUCCGGGGCCCAGCAUCGGAAGCCAUCAGCCAUCAGACCUUCCUGCCUGGCUUUGCCAGUGCGGGUCCCACCCCCAACCUGGAUAGAACCCCAGGUCCCUGUGCCCCAUGUCCCACGGCAGUAGCCCUGAAGACUGACCACUUGGAGGGACAGAGCUCCUGCCACCCUUUGGAUGCUCCUAGCUGGUCUCAGCUGGCCAUGGCUUGGGCCUUGCUUUCCCAGGUUGGGCAGGUCAUGGGCCCAGGCCUGUCUCCUGCCUGGGGUCUACAGAGGGGGGACUUCUGGGUGGAGGAGGAGGAGAUUCUGUGACAAGUUUGUAAAUAAAGCUUAGGUCUUUGCA